AUGGCUUUCCCACCGUUUCCAUCCCAAGAUCUAGCAAAGCUCGUACUUGGGUACCUUGCUGAAGAGCAGUUGAUGACAGCCUAUGAUGAAUUUCUACAAGCGAGUCCGUAUCUGGAUGCAUUUAGAAAUGAAUAUGACAGGAUAUUUAUGACAUCAUUAAAGAAUAUUCUGGCGGAGUAUAGAGCUGUUAAAAUUUAUGUUGAGACUUGCAAGCCCCUUGUGUUACGAAGAAAGCUGUUCCAAUGCACCAAUCUAUUAGAAAUUGUGAAGCUUCUAGUGAGUUAUAUUGACAUCAACAGACUUCAUACUCAGGAUACUACUUUUGAUAAAAAUAGUUAUAAGUCAAGUUUAAACUCAAAAUGUUCUGUUUGUGAGACAUGUAAUUUUACAAUCGGAGCCUGUGUUUGUAAGAAGUCUAAACCCACGGGUCCAUCAAGUCAAAUUGACAUGACUAUUGAUACUUCUUUAGAGACAACCUCUUUAGCGGAUCUUCCUGGUAAUUCUAUCUCAAAAAAGAGACAAAGUAAAGAAAUGAUGGAUGUGAUGCCGCCAAGCUAUAAUAAUACUAAUGAAUCAAGUGUUUUAAUUCAAAAUCAUUUAAUAAAUAGAGUUGAAAGUCAACCUGUUGAAACUCCUAUAAUGUGUAAUGUGAAACAAAAUGUUCCUGAUAAAGUAGAUGAAUCGAAACAGAAGAUUGAAGAGUUUAAUACAAUAUUAAAUUUUGUUUGCGGCAACAAUGAAUCAUAUCAGAAACCUCACUUGGUUCCCGAGGCGACUAUUGUUAGUAAUAAAACCGUUGGCAGUGCUAGUACUUUUCAAGAGUUUGCUAAAGGAGUCACUUGCCAAAGUGAUCCGGAGAAAUCUAUUGUACCUGAUUCUAGUACUUCAGAAAAUUUUAGCGCACAAUACACCGCUCCGAGAGAAAAUGAAGUGAAUAUAACUCCAAUAACAAAUAUAAAAGGUCCACCAAAACAGUUGUUGCUAACAGUUGGUACAGCGAAAACAAUGCAUAAGAGAAUUAAUGCUAGCAAUACAAAGAUGGAUGAUCAGAAAAUAACAAUAUUAUCAGAUAUAAAAGUUGACAACACAUUCAAGAAUAAUUUAAAAAUGCCACCGGUAUUGAAGUCAGCUACGUCGACGCCAUUACUGCAGUUUCAAACUAUUCUAAUAAAUGGCACACCGGCUUAUAAACAAAACACAAAUAACGCUAAUUUGAAUUACACUAAAGACGAAAUUAUGGCCAUGCCAACACUCUUCGUUGUGUCUGGGACAAGUGCAUCCCAAAAUAUUCCACAAGCUACUCUUUAUAACACAAAUGCACAGAGCACAACUGUUACUACGACGACUAGUAGUAUAUCAACUGCUAAUGUACUGGGUCCUUUAGUUAUUGAUGUACCCGAUGAUCCUUUGACCGAUUCAAAUAAAUUACCCGAUCUGAGUACUGAUAAAGACGUACCAGAAGUGAGUCUAGUCACUACAGUCGAUAUAACGUCCAAUGGACACGGCUCUUUACCCAAAAAUACUAUGACCGUCAAUAAAUCAAGUACGCCGAAUUUUCUACCACCAACAAGAAAAUCUUCAUCAACACCGAGAAGAUCGUCGCACGUGAGAGUUUUAGAUUUCACAACGCCAAGAAGAAUUUUACAUGAAAAUAUAAAUGAGCAAGAAGUCAAACAGUCGGAAGUCAAUGUGGUUCCUGAUAUACCUGUACAUACCAACGUUAUUUCCGGUUCCGUCAACACUAGUGUUCCGAAAACUGAUAGCCAUAAGAAUAUAUCAGCUAAAGAGAAAAAUCUGAAGGAGCAGAAAAAACGCAACUGGGAUGCCGAAUUGAGGGUGCUGGCUGUGAAAAAUGAUGAAGUGUUUGUACCCGCACCCAUACCUAAUCCUAAAAAAGUGAAAAGUAAGAAGAAAGUCACACCCAAAGACGAGAAGAAUAAAAGUAAAGCAGAUACCUCGAAAGAUACAGAAAAUAAAGCAGAUGUGUCAAAAGAAACUGUUACAACCAAACCUAAAAAAACAAAGAAAAAACGAAAUUCAGUUGAAAUAGUGGAGGCGAAACCCAUCAUAAUUGAUGAAAAAACUCCAGGCCCUGGAAUUGGUAAUGAAGAUAAUGAAACAUUCAAUACUAACAGUACUUGCAAGAUAGAUAACUCUAAAAAAGAUAUAAGCGAUCCGAAAAUCAAUGAAGAUCGCGUUGAUACCCCAGAAAACGAUAGGAUAGCGCUACAAAACGUCAUCGGAGCCAGACUAAAUAUAUCAGACUUGUUAGAAACACCAUACAAGCAAGUCUUAUAUGACAUACAGAUGGAAACUCCCAAAUUUUUAGGCCCGGACAUUCCCGGCGAACCCAUAUCAGAUAUUAAAAUUAUGAGUAUACCCACUCCGCUGUUCUUAAAUACUCCUAAAACUAUAUCAACGCCGUAUUCUUCGCGACCCACUGACUAUUCUAGUGGAGGAAGUUAUUAUAAACCUGACGAUCAGGAUUACAUACCACCCGACAUACUGAAAUGUGCAGUUACUAAACAAGAGUCUAAACAAAAGAAAGAUGAAACUUUAGAUAACGAUAAAAGAGAUAAAACUGAAAAACCGAGUCGGCCGCGAAGGAAGUGCACCAAACACGUUUCCUACUACAAGAGUCCACACAACGCAAAAUCAGGCGACAAAGAAAAAGAUGACGUGGCAUCAGAAAGUAGUGAAGUUAGCAGCCUUAGCUCACUGGACAAAAAACCUAUUAAAACUAUGGAAUCCAAAAAGAAAAAAACUAAAACUGAGAACAAAAAGAAAACUAAUAUUUCGGUUCAGAAAUCACCCGCUAAGAAACAGACCCCGAAAAAGUUUAUGAAGAUUAAACCGAGACGUACGACUCCAAUUAAAGAUGUUUACAAUAAGAGCAAAAGAAAGACCGAUACGCCACCCGGGAGCGCUUUAAAACCUAGAAAUAGAACGUCCAGUAAAACUAAGAGCGUUAACUUAGCGCCAAUUCUUGCUGCACCAACGAAAUCACGAAGGAAAUCCUCCACACCAAGAAAAAUACAAUGCACGAAAUCAUAUAAUACGGAUUACGAUUUCAAUAACUCAGACAAAUCAAAAGCGGGCGUAGAUAGAAAAUGUAUGACAAGUAGCAAUGAAUCUGAUAUCGAGCAAUUAUCACUGAGAUGGUCCGAUGAAGGCUCCCAGGAUGGCAAAGAAAGGCCCAGAGAAUCUAAAACACCUUCUAGUGCCUGCGAUGAGGAAGACAUCAGUAAAAUAAAAGAAUACAUAGAAACGAUCUCUAAAACAGAAUGUACUGGAAUUAAUUCUGAAGCUAGUCUUCAUAUUGAUCUUAUCAAAAGGGGUUUUGAUGUUGAAACAGCUAAGAGCAUUGAACGUGACUUGCUUGACACUAACCCGACUAGAGAAAGAAAAUCUAUAGAUGAAAAAGCGAUCGUUCAGAAUAAUUCAGAUAGAAUUGAAUCUACUUACAGCGAUGACAGCCAAAACGAGGCUGAUGUUGAUGAAGUUGAAUUCUCAGUCAGCGAAUGUGAUGAGAAUAGCAAAAAUUUCAUCACAUACACCUUCGAUGAAACUAAAUUUAUACCUAAAGAAAUAUCGAAAUUAAAAGACAAAUACUCAAUGGAACUCUGCAUAGACGACGAUGUCACUAUAAGGUUGAGAGCUACAAACUUCAUAGAUUUAUUUGAAGAUAGAAUGGAAGCAACGGAAUAUUAUAAAGAGACCGAGGCGGCUGUUAAAUCGAUAUCUGAUAUAGAUAAGUUGUAUACACCGAUGAAACAAAGGGGAUUGACGUGCCAUGAUAUAUUCGACUCAACAUUAACCAGUCUCGACACGCCGAUAAAACAAGACGAUGUUAGAGAAACGUUUGAAACUGUAACGGAGAUUGUAUUAGAAGUCGAACACGCGGAAAUUAAAGAUACAAAGAAGAGAAAAAGAUCUCAAAGUGGCGCGCUAGAGGAUUCAACUAAUAAGAAGACCAAACCAGAAACACAGUACUUACUCAACUCCGCGAAUAUACAGAACAUUGAUAUCGAGUCGGUCUUAAGCAAACUACACGGUCCCUAA